AUGUUGCGUUCGACGCGUUUGCUGUCCUCUCCUAGGCAUCAACUAUGUUCAGCAUGUAGUGUCUCGAGGCGACUAUUAUCAGAUGCUUCUUCCUCAAAACCAACACCGCAGGAUUGCGAUGUUGUCAUUGUCGGAGGAGGGCCUGCUGGCUUGGCCCUCGCGAGCGCGUUAGCGGCGUCUGAGGCUGCCAGAUCAACACUCAAGGUGGCGUUGGUCGAAGCUAGCGAUCUUGGGAAAGUUCGCCAUUGGACCAUGCCCAUGGAUACGUUUUCGAACAGAGUCAGCUCUCUUACAAACGCGUCACAAGGUUUCCUGCAAGAUGACAACAGCAUGAACAAAUCGUAUGAAGAUAUUGGUGUUUGGGAUCAGGUUGAGACCGACCGGACAUGCCCAAUCGAAGAUAUGCAGGUAUGGGAUGGUGUCUCUGAUGCUCGCAUCAACUUUAACUCCAUCGAAAUGGGCCUUGGACGAGCCAUAGGCACUCCUCAGAUGGCGCGCUUGACCGAGAACCUGAACCUGCAACGAGCACUCCUUCGCCACAUCGGUGGUAACCCAGCAACACAACUACUUGAUAAAACAAAAGUACACUCCAUCAGCAGAGAUGAACAUGAAGGCGGAGGAUGGCCUUUAGUAUAUCUUUCUGACGGAAGGGUGCUACGAGCACGUCUCCUGGUUGGGGCAGAUGGCUUUAACUCUCCUGUCCGCGCUUACGCUGGAAUUCAAUCGUAUGGUUGGAACUACCCGACUCAUGCGAUUGUUGCUACGCUUCUACACUCCCCUCGCUCUUUCAUGCCCAACACCACAGCCUACCAACGUUUCCUCCCCACCGGCCCCAUCGCAUUUCUUCCCCUGUCACCUACAGCCUCCUCACUCGUGUGGUCGACGACGCCGUCGCUUGCUGCAGCUCUCGUCAAGUCCGACCCAGUCGUCCUUAUGCGCAUGAUUAACGCAGCCUUUCGUCUCCCCGAGGUGUCGAUCCGAUAUAUCCACGGUCGAAUCCUGGAAGCCCAGCAAUCCGACAAACUGCUUACUGCUGAAGAAAUAAUAGAUGAGAUUGCGUGGAGGGAGCGCUCGCAUAACAUCGACGGCCACUCGGCACACGCUUCUGCAUCCGUCGACCUCUCUUCUAUCAAUGUUGGUGUACCGCCCAUCGGCGCGGAAUUGUUGCCUCCGCUGGUGGAAGGCAUACAAUCGGGAACCGUGGCAUCAUUCCCCCUACGCUUCAAUCACGCCGAGUCGUACAUCGGCGAAGGGCCAGGUGCACGGACAAUCUUGGUCGGAGACGCAGCGCACACGGUGCAUCCCCUCGCCGGACAGGGUCUCAACCUAGGCCUCGCGGACGUUAAAUGUCUUGCGCGGUGCAUCGAAACCGCAAUCCUCCGAGGCGGCGAUAUUGGCUCGCACACUGCCCUCGCACCAUAUGCACGUGAGCGUUAUUUCGAGAACCACAAGAUGAUGUCCAUGGUCGACAAGCUGCACAAGCUUUACUCUACCACCUUCGAACCGGUCGUCUGGGCGCGAUCCGUCGGAGUAGAAGUCCUCAACGAGCUAGACACCCUUAAAGCUGCGAUCAUGAUGUCCGCUGGCGCGUCAGCUCGCGAUACACAAGCGAGGGGCGGCGCCUCGGCGUGGAAUUUUACUGCGAGCCUGUUUGAGACAAUGGCAGGGAGUGCGCGGUUCGCUGAGGUAGCUGGAGCAGGGUUGCGCGCCACAGCGAUUGGGGCAUUGCAGCAAUUUGCGAGGGCUGCCACCCAGAGUCAACAGUCCGGGCAUUCAGGUAGAUAGGAGCGUGUGUUGUCGUAUCUAGGUCUCUUACCACAACUCAUUCGAAACCUGCAACUCCUUCCUGUCAAAAAGAGAAAGUUGAAAGG